GUGCGUUUCCAGAAUAUGACGGCGCUGCGCGAGUGGGCGGGGCUUUCUCGGCGCCGGCAGCCAAUAGGAGGCCAGGGCGUCACUGCCGGAGCCCAGCUGAUCGGCGGGGGUAAGCGGGGUGGCAGAACCAGGAGCUCUCACUUGUUGCUGAGCAGGAGCCGAGAGCGUCAGUCCGCCGCGGAGCUCCGACCUCAUCCCCGUUCAGAGCCAGGAACCGAACCGGGAGCCGGUCCGCCGCCUGCGACCCACCGCCGCCCAAACAGGAAGUCAGGUCUGAUGUCGGCACCAGUCUCUUAUCCAUGGCCGAGCAGAGGCGUCUAUGUCGUCUGUGGACUCCUCCUCCUGGUCUCUUCUCCGCUCCUCUCCGCAGGCAGACUGAACUGUUCUCACCCUCUGGUCCCAGAACAUGGAGGUUUCCGCUGCGACCCAUCUCCGUGCCGCGGUUUUCCUCAUAGGAGCUCUAUCCGGAUCUUCUGCCAGAACGGAUACCACUUGGGCAACCAGAGGUCCAUUUCCAAGUGUCAACGGGGGAAGUGGACCCAAAUACCCUCCUGCGUCCCCUUGAAAGACGGUCCGAACAUGAAGCCCGACAGCGGCGUGAGCGACAUGCCCAGCAUGGCCACCACCGCAGUGGGCGUGUCCAUCUUCUUGCUCACCACCACCGCCUGCCUGAUUGUCAAGUCCCGCCUCUUCCCCUGUCGAUCACACGGCAGCCGCCGCUCCUCGGACCAGCUGGACCUGAUGGAUGGACUUCCUGUCUCUCUUCCCUCCUACGAAGAGGCCGUGUACGGCAGCUGGGGCCAGCGCAUUCCUCCCUGCUCCGCUCCUGGACCGACGCAGCUCCUCCUGGCUCAGGAGGACCCCGGCUACUGCCCGUCGCCCCUGAGCAACCAGCCGGACAGCAGCCAGCAGCCCCUGCUGUCCAUCCAGAGCCCCGAGAACGCGCCGCCGCCGUACGAAGAGGUCCAGUCCUCGCAUCCCAGAGGCUGGGUGAGCGACGGGAACAUCCGGCACCUCUCAGAAGAUAAAGACACUUGAUUGUUGAGGUGUGGGGUUUGUGAGGAACUCCUGUGGAGACGUGAUUGUGACAGCUGAUAAUCUUCAGAAGAUGACUGAGGAACGGCAGACACUGACAGCUGGCUCCUGUACUGCCUGCACUUUUCCUGGCUGGCUGCAGCUCUGCAGCAUCAGGACCGAUCUGAUAUUUUUUAGCCGACGCUGACGAGAUCUGAUUGGCCAGCACUCAACGACCCGGCUGAGGAGGACUGAAGUGCUUUUUUUUUUUUUUUUUUUUUUAUAUAAAUGAAAUGUUGAUUGUAUUGUGCUUGUUAUGAAUGUAUGUGACCUGGGGUGGAUUUAAUCAGUUGCCUCCUGGUAACAAAUCACCAGCCGGUUUCUAAGCUGUUAAACGUUUAAUUUAUGUAAAUG